UUUAAGCAAGUUGGAGUGCCAGUCUUUUCGCCUUACAGUAAUUUACCAUGACCGUGAUAUCAACUUCGUGUCAACUUCGCUGUACCCGUGUACAUGUUCAUAACUAUGGAUGUUGAAGUUUUAUUUUGCCGAUGUCACAAAUAUUCUAUCUGUACUCUGAUAUAUUUAUACAAAUUUGAAGAGUAGGGACCUUCCGACUGCUGGCAUCACAAUUGGACUGAUGAUUGCUUGCGCAGGAGACGGGAUUUUUUAAGCAAGGGAUCGUAUAACAAGUGUGACGUUGCCUUGGCCUCAGGUCGAUUGUUCAGACUGUAAUCCAAAUCCGGUGCUGCACUUGUGCCUCACCCUCAUAGCUGACUUAGCUCUGCUGAAAACAGGCAGUUUUCACGGAUGACGAAGUUGUUUAACUAAUAGCACACAGAGGUUCAUUUUUUAGAUAUAUCGAGUCAAGUUUCUUACGAAAACGACCAAAGGAUUGUUUGCAUUUGCAUCAGGCAGAUCAGGCUUUAAGUCUGGAAACUUGGUGAACAUUUCCUUUUGAUAAUCACUCAGUACAUACUGCGUCUCCCAUUAGAUUCAAUCUAGGGGACCAAGCUGUAACCUUUAAUAUAAUAUAAAGAAUGGCAACAACGACUAACUCUGCUGAUAAUCAAGAAAAGAAUGCACCGAGUAAAACUCCAACUAGUAAUGAAAACGCCACAUCUGCCACACCGAAAGCUGGGAACCAUAACAAAUUCCGCACCGCUAAUGUCACUCCGACAGACCAUGGGAGGUCUCCACAAAAACUUAGUCAAAAUAACAAGAAAACUGGAUCAGAGGCAGCCAAGAAAAAUUGGGGAAAGGUAGAACUGAAGGAAGUAGCACAGCUCAAUCCGCAUCACAACAAGAACGGUAAAAAUGCCCCAGGAUUAAGGAAAGACAGUGCGUCCCGGUCCAGAUCGCCGAGAGAGAGAUCGAAUUCAUUAAUGGUACCUGGAGACAGAGACGGACAGUUGGGGGAAAAUGAUAUUCAAAACGAGACGGAUCAUUUAUCUCUUGGGUCUCGACGGGAAUCCCUCGAUUCUAAACACUCUGCCACUUUACUUGACCGUCUUCAGAGAGCCACCGUUGUUCACCCCCCGGGGUCGGAGGAGAAACCGAAAUCUGUGCUAACGAACAAUGACACUUAUAUCAAGUCGGCCAUCCCUUGCCUCCCGCUUGGUCUGGCGUUACUCUUCUGUUUCCUCAACAUUAUUCUUCCAGGGAUAGGUACAAUGUUAAGCGGGUUCGCAAUACUCUGUUGUGGAGAGCCUAGAAUCAACGCAAAAGACGACAGGAAAUCCGCUACUCUGUGCUGCAAUGUGUUUGUUGGAGCUGCUCAAAUGAUGACGAUAACGUUCCUAUUAGUGGGGUGGUUCUGGAGCGUCUCGUGGGGCAUCUCUAUGGUGGCUCUGGCGGUGGCCAAGAGAAAAGAAGAAAAGGAAGAAAAAAUGCUUGAACUAAAAGCUAGGACGUUGGUUGCCUUUGGUUCUCCUGUUCGAACAGGGGGUCUGAUGAAAUACGCCUAGGAUAGACAACGCAGACUUACAUCCAACACCGUUGUGGAAAGGCUAUCGUCUCUCCUUGUCACUCAUUAAAAGCGGAGAAAACUACUCCUGAUGACCUACGUUAUAAUAUACGUACAUAUACAAGCGAAGAGUAUUUAUUUUUAAGAGUAGUUGACAGUAACCUGUGAAGUGAUAUUUCUAUUAAAAGCACGUUCAGGGCAGUUGUUAUUUGAUAAUCUCACUGGGGGCAAGACUGGAGAAGAAACGGCGCAGGAUAGAUGUGUGAACUUUGUACUGAAAUUUUGUGAUAAUUGGGUAGAAUUGAACGUGGCCUGCUGUCAUGUCUACCUACCUUCUUCCUGGAGUGCAGUGACUGCAUUGUUCAAUGCAUAAUGACUUGUUUUAACAUGUGCAAUAUAAGUUUGUUUGAUAGGAUUUUUGAAUAAAG